AUGGCUGCUAUUUUGAAUAAAAAAAUAUUGAUGCUGCAUGGAUAUGCCCAGUCGCAGGAAAUUUUUCGAUCUAAGACUGGAGGUUUACGGAAGGCUCUGGAGAAAUUGGGAUAUGAACUAUAUUAUCCGCAAGGGCCACUAGAAAUUGAACAUGUUGACUAUGGUUCGGGCAAUGACGACAAUGAACUAGCUGUAAAUGGUAAAACCGACCGGCACGGCUGGUGGCGUCGAGAUGCUACAGGUUUCUUUACUAUUAAACAGGCUACGUUAGAUUACUUGCAUGAUUAUAUCAUUGAUAAGGGCCCCUUUGAAGGCGUAAUAGGGUUUAGCCAAGGAGCAGCACUAGCUGGGUAUUUGUGCACAGAUGUCAGGGGCAUUUUAGGGCUGACAUCUGAUAUGCAGCCUGAUUUUAAGUUUUUGGUAAAUUUCAGCGGAUUCAAGCUAGAACCGGAAAUCUAUGCUGCCAAGUUCAAAGAACCACUAAAAAUACCUUCACUGCACGUGGUCGGAGAAUUGGAUACCAUAGUGCUGCAAGAGCGCACAAUGGCUCUUUAUGACGCAUGCCACGUUGACAGCAGAACACUGCUGAAGCACACGGGAGGACAUUUUGUUCCGAAUUCCAAAAACUUUGUUGCUAAGGUGACCAAUUGGCUAAAAUGUAUGAAUGCGGAGCCGUCAUCAGUGCCAAAGACUGUUGUGCCGAAGACUACCAGCCGUUCGGGUCCGCAAUCUGAUUUACUUGACAUCAUGGCUUCUCUCGAUAUCAAAUGA